AUGAAGGGACUGCGUAAACUGACAGCAUCUGCAAUGGCACUGUUCCUGGCAGCAUCCUUCUUAUCCUUCUCCUGGAGUGCACCUCAGGCUCAUUUCCAAAGGAGAAACUGGACUCCUCAGGCUAUGCUCUAUUUGAAGGGUGCACAGGGACGUCGAUUCAUCUCAGAUGAGAGCCAGCAAAAGGAUCUGUAUGACAGAAUGCAGCUUGAAACACGCAGCCAAAACACAAAUCCUUUAUCUCUUUCUGAAGCUGCAGCACUGUUCCUUAGUUCAUUACAGAAAGCACAAGAAGGAGUUGAAGAAGAAAACAGUGAUCACCCUGGCUACUUGGCAGAUAAUCUAUCAAAUUGGUGA